AUGAGCGAGGGCUCAAAUUCCACUUCGGCUGCGGCCUCUGCGCAGAGGCAGGUUCGUGUGCAGCUCACUAGCAAACAAGAAGACAUUGCAUUACCUGAGAAUACCGGCCCGAUUCUCGUUCCCACAGGUCUUCGAAGAUAUGCACUCUCCACGUUGGUGAACAAUCUCCUUGGCAGUGACAAGCCAAUUCCAUUCGAGUUUUUGAUCAACGGGUCUUUCCUCCGGACUUCGAUCGAUGAAUACCUGACUGCCAAUGGUAUUUCUGCGGAAACUACUCUAGAAAUCGAAUAUGUGAGAGCCUUGAUUCCACCUCUGCAUAUUGCAUCGUUUGAGCAUGAUGACUGGGUAAGCUCGGUUGAUGUGCUUUCCGCGACAUCGCCCGCCGCUUCGUUAGCCUCUGCAACAAUUGGCGCAGGCCAAGAGAAGAUCCUCUCCGGCAGCUACGAUGGCCUGCUUCGAGUGUGGAAUAUGUCAUCUCAAAUAAUUGCAACCUCGCCAUCUGCCGCUGAUGGAGGCCAUACCGCAUCUAUUAAAGCCGCCAAAUUCAUUUCCCCAAAUUCGAUUGUGUCUGCAGGUCUCGACCGAACAGUGCGUCUGUGGAAGUACUCUGAGGAUGGCGAUGGUUUCUCGGGCAAAAUAGCACCCCAACUCGAGUUGUAUGGGCACAAGGGCCCUAUCAACUCAUUGUCUGUCCAUGCCCCUUCGAAUCGCAUCCUUUCUGCCUCGUCAGACCACAGCAUAGGUUUCUGGUCAACCAAGAAAUCGGAUGCGCCAGCCGCUCCAGAGGAUUUAUUGCCAUCUGCAGCCUUGAGGAGCUCCAAGAGGAGAAAGUUGAAUUCGUCUGUGACCAUCCCGCAACGAGGACCCUUGGCACUCUUGUCCUCUCACAGUGCGCCUGUGUCGGCUGCAAUUUUCGACUCCAAUGAUUCCACUGUCGGUUAUUCGGCUUCUUGGGACCAUUCCCUGCGUACAUGGGAUCUUGUAACCGCUACACUUGUGGAUACUCGGACAACAGCUCACUCGCUGCUUUCACUUGAGCACCUCCCUGAGCACCACCUCCUCGCCGCAGGUACCUCCGCUCGUCAUAUCACCCUGAUCGAUCCUCGGGCGUCCGCAACUACAAUUGCAGCCAUGACUCUGCGAGGCCACACAAACGCAGUUGUCUCGUUGGCUCGUGAUCCUAACAGUUCCUAUGGUCUCAUUAGUGGAAGUCAUGACGGUACAUGCCGGAUUUGGGACAUCCGGGCCACGAAGACGGACAAGGAUGGCGUGGUUGGGGAAAGUGUAUAUUCCAUCUCCCGCAAGAGCCUGGAAGAACAAGGUAAAUCUGAGGCCAAGCGUGUUGGCGGAGAGGGCGUCAAGGUUUUCGGUGUGGCCUGGGAUGGAACAGUAGGCAUUGUCAGUGCGGGUGAGGACAAGAGGAUUCAGAUCAAUCGGGGCGAAGGCGUCUUAUCUUCUGCGUAG